AUGGGCCCCUCCCGCCGCCUUUCUGGAGGUGCUCGGCCUUCUGGCUUGCUCCUCUCGCCGCAAGAACUCCAGAAGCAGCGGCGCCAUCAGCAGCGCUCUAUUGCAUCAUUCUUCUCGCCCGCAAGGGCGUCAAAACAAACGCAUGAGUCAGUUCCAGCAACAGCCGCAGAGGACGUCCAACCAAUUGAUAAGAAUGAUGGUAGCAACCCUGAUUCGACGAAUGCGCGUGCACGCAAUUCUAAGGCAUCGCCCGGUUUGGCGGCUAAUCGGAACACCCGUCGCGUUUUAAAAUCUGCGGUAGGAGGAAAGGGCGGAGGUCACAGAGGAACUUUCGUGCGUGCGGAUGCGCGGAGAAGCAACUCCGGAGAAUCGAAGGAUGACGAGCUUCUGUGGGCUGACGACGACCCAACUGAAGAAAUCAAGCGACUCGGAGAGGAGCGCGCAGCCAAUCCGCGCAAGGUGGCGCUUCAAAUCCCUCCGAUGGCGGACGGACAGGGCAAUGCAGGAGCGGACGACGUCGUUGCUCCGGCGGCGGAAGUCCCUGGUGGAAAAGCCGCCGUGAAGGCGGAGAGGCUGGCGGAGGGGGCGGCGGAGGAGAAUGCGCAAGGAGGGGCUGAUGUGGCGGGCGGGGAAGGUUCGCUCUCUAUGGGCUCUUUAGGUUCGGACUUGUCUGGUUCGCUGCUCCCCGCGGGCAGGUUGCGGAGUCUGCGGCGGCGGCCAGGGGGAAGGAGUGGCGUUAGGGGCUCCCAGGAGAGCGGUGGCGACCUGGUAGAGCAAGCGAUGCGAAAUGGUGACGGAAGGUCGGAGAAAGAUGCGGUGAUGCACGGGGGAGAUUUGGCGGAAGAGGGGGUGAGAGGAGGCGGAGGAGGCGAAAGAAGAGACGAGAUAGUGAAGGAAACGAGUGGAAACACCGCGAGUUUGCCGGCCGGUUGGAGCAGUAAGGGAACACGAGGCAAGGGGACUCGGAAGCGGGGACGGGAGGAGGCUAAUAACGAGGAUGGGAAGGGCAAGGAAGGAGCGCGUGCAGUGGGGAGGAGGGUGGAGGUGUACUGGCCGGAUGAUGCGGCGUGGUAUGCGGGCAUGGUGGCGGGCUAUGAGGAGGAGACGGGCAGGCAUGAGGUUCUAUAUGAUGAUGGAGAGAGGGAGUUGGUGGUGCUGGCGAAGGAAAAGGUGAGGUGGGUGGGCGGUGCUGGUGAUGCCGUGGCGACGACACUUGGUGCGCGGAAGAAGGGGGUGGGAGGGAGACGGGGGGCGGAGGAUGCGGAGGCGGAGGCGGAGGCGGAGGCGGAGGGUGGAGAGGAAGGAGAUAGAGGGAAUGGUGGGGAAGGAGGUCGGGGGGUAAGCAAGCGGGAGAAGGGUGGUGGCGAGCGGACGGCUGGAAAGGGGCGUGUUAUGGGUGAUGAGAUGGGGGCGAAAUGCGUGGGCAGCACGGUGGGGAAAAAGGUAUGGGCGCAAGCAGCGAAGGGGAAGAAGAAACAGGAGGAGACAGCAGUCGAGUCUUCUGAUGAAGAUGAAGAUGAUGAGGAGGAGGAUGAAGAGGAAGAGGAGGAGGAUGAGGAUGGAGAUAGCGAGGAAGAGGACUGGCUGGAAGAAGUCAAAAGGAAGGGCAAGAAGGUAGAGGAAGAGGAAGACGAUGAUGACGAGGAUGAUGAGGAGGAGGUGGAGGAGGAAGACGAGGAAGGAGGGUCUGUGGAUGGAACUGCAAGCGAUGAGGAUGAUGAGGAGGAUGAGGAUGAGGAAAUGGAGGGUGGGAGGCGGGGCAAGAAGGCAGGUUCAGGAGGUGGAAAGAAGGGCAGCUCGCAGAGUGGCCGUGGGGGGAGUGCUGCAGGCGAGGGCAAGGAGAAAGUGGCGGUGGCGGGGAGGAGGAAUCAGGGGAGCCAAGGGGAAGGUGGAUGUGAGGGGCUGGGAGGAGCAGCAGGGGGCGUGACGGAUGCAGAACGAUCAGCCAUUCGCAAGGCUAUGCUUGGAGCAGGUAUGGGCAAGUUCUACGAGCUCUUUGAGAUGGACGCGCAUGUGGGAGCCAAGGAGCUCGACCUGCAGUACAUGAAGGGCGAUCAGCCGCACUGUGGCUUUCCAGAGAAGAACUAUGCGGAGAAUGCAGAGAGACUGGCACGCAAGGGGUAUCGAGUGGUGGUGGUGGAACAAGUGGAAACCCCCGAGCAGCUGGAGCAGAGGAGGCGCGCCACAGGGAGCAAGGACAAGGUGGUUCGGCGGGCUGUGUGUGCUAUGGUGUCCCGCGGUACCCUCGUGGACGCUGGCAUGCUCUCCGCCUCCCCUGACUCGUCUCUCAUCCUCGCCCUCACUGAAUGGCCCGCUGCCGCCGCUCCUGCUGCUGCUGCUGCUGCUGCUGCUGCCGCCGCCGCUGCUGCUGCUGCUCCUCGCGCGCGGGAGGAGAGGGAGGAGGGGGAGGAGAAGGGGGAGACAGCAGCGGUGGUGAUAGGAGUGGCGGUGGUGGAUGCAGCGACAGGGCAGUUCUCCCUGGGUCAGUUCCCAGACGACUCAGCUCGCACGCGCCUGCGCUCCCUCACUGCCGAGCUCCGUCCUGUAGAGCUCGUGCUGCCACGAGUCCCUGCCUCCUCCCACGCCUCCUCUCUCGCCUCCUCUCUCGCCUCCUCUUCCGUGCCUUCCGCUGAUAAACCUGCUGCUGCGGUUACCCCCUUGCCGUGCCCCUCGCCUGCCACGCUGCGGGCGCUCUCAGACACGUGUCGGCAGCCCCUGUGGAACUGGAGGGAGCGGGUGGACGACUGCUGGGCGCCUGACGCCACAGCCGCAUGGCUGCAGCGAUUCUAUGCUCCGGAACACGAGGGCGCUGAGGAGGAGCGGUUGCGGGCGUUUGAGCGGGCUUUUGACUGGGCGCAGGCAGACGCAUGUGGGCACAUCUUACCGUCAUCGCCCGGGGUAGAUAAGGCGUAUGAUGCUGCUGCAGCGCGAGUGAGGGCUGUGGAGGCGGAGCUGCAGCAGCACCUGGAGGAGCAACGCUCUGUGCUGCGCGCCCCACCCACUGUACCCCUGGCGUACGUGACAGUGGGCAAGGACCCGUUCCAGCUGGAGGUGCCGGACUCGCUGCUCAGCCGCGUGCCGCCGUCCUACGAGCUCAAGUCACAGAAGAAGGGCGUGCGGCGGUUUUGGACGCCCUUUAUCCGGUCUGCGCUUCAACGCCUGGCAGAAGCCAAGGAGGAGGAGGAAGCAGCACUCAAGGGCAUCUACCAGCGCCUGCUGGGGCGCUUCUGCGCGUCCCUGCCGCUCUGGCUGCGCGCCGUGCAUGCCAUCGCGCAGCUGGACGCGCUCCUCUCCCUCGCUGCCUUCUCCCAAGCCGGUGCCCCGCCCAUGUGCCGCCCGCACGUAGGGUUUGAUGCGCGUGGGGGCCAGGGAGCGGAGAGGGAGGAGGAGAGGGAGGGGGAGGGGGAGGGGGAGGGGGGCGGGGUGAAAUUGCGGGGGGUGGGGAAAGUGCCGUAUUUCCGGGCCAAGGGGUUGCGGCAUGCUGUGCUGGCGACCAUGGGGUCUGGUGGCAGUUGCUUUGUUCCCAAUGACACUGUGCUGGGUGGGUGUGGUGGUGGGGUCGGAGGGGAUGGAGGCAGAGGAGGAAGGGGAGAUGAGGAGAGGGGAGGGGGAGGGGGAGCGGGAGGGGAGGGGGCGCGGAUGAUGCUGCUGACAGGGCCGAACAUGGGGGGAAAGUCCACACUCAUUCGGCAGACAUGCCUCGCUGUCAUCCUGGCACAGCUAGGAGCACAUGUACCGGCAGAGUCCCUGUCCCUCUCCCCAGUGGACCGCGUGUUUGUGCGUAUGGGGGCGCGCGAUCACAUCAUGGCAGCGCGCUCCACGUUCCUGGUGGAGCUGCAGGAGACGGCGGGCAUGCUGCGCUGCGCCACCCGCCACUCCUUCGUGGCCCUGGAUGAGCUGGGAAGAGGGACUGCCACGUCUGACGGCCACGCCAUCGCGCAUGCGGUGUUUGAGCAUCUGCUGAACCGAGUGGGGUGCCUGGGGGUCUUCUCCACGCACUACCACGCCCUAGCACACGACUUCCAACACCACCCUGGGGUAUCCCUGCAGCACAUGGCAUGCCAAGUGCGUUCCUCUGCUCCCCACGAUGCCUCUGCCUCUGCCUCUGCUGCGACCAGCAGGGCGGGCGAGAGCAGUAGCAGCAGCAGCGGGAGGGGGAGGGGGGAGGAGGUGGAGGAGGUGGUGUUUCUGUACAAGCUCGCACAGGGCUCCUGCCCCAAGAGCUAUGGCAUCAACGUCGCACGCCUUGCAGGGGAGAGUGAGCGUGUGGAGCAGGAGGGAGUGGCAGUGCAUGAUGUGCUCUCCCAGUUGCACCAAUUACUGCUGCAGCAAGAGGCAAGGGGCAAGCAGCAAGGCGCGGCUGAGAGUGGUGCAGCGCCAGCAGCGAUGGUUGUGGAUUGCGAGGCAGGAGGAGGCGAUGUGCUGGCCAAGCUGAGGCUCCUGCAAGCACAGAUACGGUAG